AUGAGCAUGCUCUCGUUCCUCAAGCUUACUCAUCAUGGAAUGUUUCCCCUCAGGUCAGGCGCACCUCGACAAGACUUGUGUCUCGUCGACAAUAAUGGUCACAGGGAGGGUGAACAGUACGACAAUGUUUCCGACCUCGCGGACGCUUCGUUGGAGCAUUGGGGACUUGGAUCGGAUGCGGGGUCGGGAUCAACCUCCCAAGAGAAGACUAUCAGGCGUCGAAGCAGCAAAGCGUGCGACCCAGCCCAGGCUGUAGUUUUAGACCAAAUUGACCUGGAAUGUUGCACCUUAUUCAUUUCCAUAGGCUCACAUGUGUUUCAUGAUUCAAAAUUCUCAGAAAUGGGAUAUUCUGGAUCACUGAUAUGUUUUCUAUCUAAAUAUAGCUCAGAUAUGUUUGAUGAUUCAAAAAUCUCACAUCCUGGAUCAGCAUUGAUGACUGCAUUGUUGACUGAAUAUUCCAAUUGUAAUGAUUCCCAGUUUUCUCCAUCAAAACUUGUGUUACAGCUACUCAAAGCUACCAAGUAA